UAGAAGUAGUAGACUGGUCAGUCCUUUUUAGUACCAUGGCAAUAUUGACUGAAAUGUGCACAUGUAUUCCACAGUAUCAUCAACCAAAUUGGUCUGCUACUUCACCAACUGGUCCCAGUACAGACCAGGAUUCGGGAGGUACCUGCCAGAGAAUGUAGAUCCAAAGCUAUGCACUCAUUUGAUCUAUGCCUUCUCCAUUAUCAACCACGCCAAUGAGCUGGUCACCUAUGAAUGGAAUGACGAGACCCUUUACAGGUCAUUCAAUGGCCUGAAGAACAGAAAUCCCACUUUGAACACUCUGUUGGCCGUUGGAGGCUGGAACUUUGGAACGGCCCAGUUCUCCAUUAUGGUAUCAACUGUAGCUAACCGACGAGCAUUCAUUCAGUCGUCAAUCAGCUUCCUGCGAGCUCAUGGCUUUGAUGGUUUGGACCUGGACUGGGAGUACCCUGGCUCACGUGGGAGCCCUCCAGAAGAUAAACAGAGAUUCACAGCACUCUGCAAGGAACUGCGUGAGGCAUAUGAGCAGGAAGCCAUCAACACAAAGCGCCCUAGAUUGCUUCUUACAGCUGCCGUGCCUGCAGGGAAGGGAAACAUCGAUAACGGUUUUGAGAUCGCUAAAGUUUCAACGUACCUUGACUUCAUCAAUGUGAUGACCUAUGACUACCAUGGGGCCUGGGAAACAUUUACAGGCCACAAUAGUCCCCUCUACAAUGGUGCCACUGAUGAAGGAGACAACGUGUACUUCAACACGGACUUUAGCAUGAGGUACUGGAGAGACCAAGGAGCGCCUUCUGAGAAGCUGCUGAUGGGGAUAGCCACAUAUGGCCGCACGUUCCGCAUCAUAUCGGCAGAUGACGGAAUCGGAGCACCAUCCAAUGGCCCGGCCUCUGCAGGAAGCCUCACCAGAGAGGGCGGCUUCUGGGCAUACUAUGAGAUCUGCACUUUCCUCACGGGGACUACCAUCCAGUGGAUUGAUGAUCAGAGGGUGCCCUAUGCUGUCAAAGGAAAUGAGUGGGUGGGCUUUGACAACCAGGAGAGCAUCACAACAAAGGUUCAUUACCUGAAGGACAACAGAUAUGGAGGUGCCUUCGUCUGGGCACUGGACCUAGAUGACUUUGCAGGACAGUUUUGCAAACAGGGCAACUACCCUCUGAUCAACCACCUGCGCUCUCAGCUCCACUCAGACCUGCCACCUCUCCCUUCCACUACUUUCCCUGAGAAGCCUACAGAAGCACCAGCGGUCACCGAAGCUGACACUACCACUACCACUACCACCACUACUGCCGCAACCACCACAACCACUCCCAGCGCCCCAGGAAGUGGCUUCUGUGCUGGGAAAGCUGAUGGCCUGUACACCCACAGUGAAAAUCCCAAUAGAUUCUAUCAGUGCUCAAUGGGUCAAACAUUCGUCCAUAAAUGCACAGCGGGCCUUGUUUUCAAUGGCAGAUGCAACUGCUGUGAUUGGCCAUGAGGCAAUGUGAAGAUUUUCUUGAAAUGAGAAUGUAUACUUGUGUGGGGUACUUUAUUUCAUUGGUUCUCAUCAUGGCGGAAACGGUCUGAAAGAGUCAUACCUGAUUGGCCUGGCUCUGCCUGCCUAUUCGCUAACGUCUGUCUGGUCAUGCCAGGCUAAUAGUCAGGUGGCUUAACGACGCGAUCGUGACAAGAGCGAUAAAAGCAUGACAUUUGGCACACAAUUAGCUUAUACCCUACCAAAUGAUAUUAGAAGGGGUGCCCAAGUGAAACUGCUAGUUUUUCCGUUUUAAGGAGAUAUUUAGUUUUGACCGAAAUCAAGGUAUGCUUUACCCGUGGUACGAUUUUCAAAACUAGAAAUGCUUACCAAUAAGUAAUAAAACAGUUAUAAAUGCAUGUUUGUGUUUUCUGUUUUUUUUUUAAUAUGCACUAGUUGAAAAAAAUAUAAGAAAAGUGUUGCAACACACAGUUACUGACCAUGUUUGUUUGUCAGUCCAGGGCAAUGCCACUGACUCACCCUGCAUUUCCUCCCAGACUCAACCUUUUACAGUCACUGAUUACUAAACUUGAGUCUAUGUCAGUCAUUUCUUUGUUUAUGACUCAACUGCUAGGUCACAAGGUCAGCAACGGUUCUUCCUCUCAAUAACCAUUUGUGAUGAAUUCUCACAAACCCACAGCUUUUCUCAACAAUGACAAGCGUAACACCAUAACAGCAACACUACACCAACACUAGUUUCACCUACUUUUGAUCGUGGGACAUUGAAUGCAUUAUUUACUUUCAUAUUUCAUAUUAAAUGUGCCUUUGAAAACCUUUAUUAGGAUAUUGAUAAUUAAUUUUGAUGGAUCUGUCGAAAGGCCUGUAGCCUAUCUGUCCUGUUCUUUCCGUUGCUUAUCUGAUUGCAUAAAUCAAGGAGAAAUAAUCUGACAACAGCAGAUUUCUUAGAAAAGUCGAUGUACUGUAUAUGAAAGGUUACAUUAUGAGAAUAGAGUUGCAUUAAUUAACAAAAUCACAGAGCUCUUAAAUCUUAAGGCUACUCAUGGCACAAGUAUGCAAUUGUUCUCACUGGAAGGAGGACCCAAAAUAAGAUCAUACACAAUGGUCGCCAGUAUUUUUAUCACAGCUGAGCUAUUGACGGCAAAAAAAUGUUGGUUCUGUAGUGUUCCUGUUUUGGAAAAAGAGUAACCUGUGUAAGUACACCCGGAAUUCGUCCAUUGUGUUUCACUUCAAUCAGUAACUUGCGUAUGGUUUCACCUG